GCUCUAGAGUGGUGCGUACAUGCGGCGCAGCUGUCUCCGGGUGAUGAAAAAUCAGAAGAAGAAAAGCAGUGGCGGCAGGAUUUUCUCACUUUAUCCGAUAAUAACGAGCUCUUCGAGAUCGUACAGGCAGCGAAUUAUCUGGAUAUAAGCGAACUGCUGGCAGAGGGCUGCAAAGCAAUUGCGAACCAGAUAAAAGGGAAGAGUGUGCAGGAGCUGCGCGAAUUCUUCAACAUCGAGAACGACUUCACACCGGAGGAGGAGGCUCGC